AUGUAUGAAACACAACUCAACAGUAUCUCUGGAAAACUAGAUCAAGCUAUAUGGCAUGCUUCCUUCACUGAGAAAAUUGAGGGCAAUUUUGAUUCUUGCAUUUGUGUUGAUUCCCUCAGUAGCUGUCACGCCAACGGUUUGAUGGACAUUGACAAUUUUGAGGUUGAGAGGGCUGAAGAUACAAGAGUUGCAAAGGGUUCUUAUUCAACGUGUUCAAGUCAAGCAUCUUCUAGUCUUCAGCCCGAAACAACUAUAGCCUGUGACCAAGAAUAUGAACGACCAGCCAACUUCCCCUCAUCCAGUUACUUGUUCAGUCCGAGAUCGAUUGGGAGCAAAGUUUCUGAUGAGUUGUCCCAAUGUCAGACCUAUGAAAACAUGGACUCGCCAUGCUACAGGGAUUCACUGCGAAACUUCUUGAGCUCGGUCAAGCCUGCUGAAGAGCACGAUGCUUUCUGCAUGGAGCCUGGUUGUAAAUGUGAGAACGCUCAAUUUUCUUUUGAUGAUCUCUUCGUGCUGGAUGAAGAUUCCGCUGGAUUUCAACGCUUGUCAGAUGACGGAAUGAGACGGAGAAGGUUCAGACUUUUGGACACCCAGGAACAGACCAAAGUGGAGUAUGUGCAGACGCUUGACAAGCAAAUAGAAACCUUGAUUCUGUCGCGAGCUGCAGUCACAGGGAAACAAAGGGCAAUCUAUGACGCUCACCUCUGCUUGAAUCUUCAGCUUCUGCUUGCAGACACCAAGGACGCUUUGCUCGUAAUCGACGGGCUCUUGAACUCUGUCUGGUACUGCGAAAAGUGUGAGGCAGGCCUCUUUGCUCAUAAGAAGUGGCAGCCCAAGCCAAGGCUUAGGCAGUAUAUGAUUUCUCGACGAAAGACCGUUCUGUAG